UCUAAAAUAACCAUAGUUUAUUAUUGUUAAACCAUUUCAUUCAGUUUAUUUAAAGUAACAUUAUAUGAAUACUAUAGAUCUAGAUUUAAAUUACGUAUGCUGAAGUUAAAACUGUCCAUUUGUUAAAAAAAGGUUCUCUGGGAAGGAAGGUUACAUUCGCAUAUAAAAUAAACAAAAACAUGGGUAUCUCUGUGUUGAACGAGUGAAAGGACUUUGGCGGACUAAUCAUUGUCAGUCAUAUAAUGUCCCAGUUGCUGUCAGACAGCACUGAAAUGGUUGCUGCAAUGAAUACCUUCAAAAACAGUGACUUUUACUCUUGACUAGUCUAAACAGUUAGCUAAACAAAGAGAAUGUCUUCUAAAGAGUCGUCAUGCUACAGGCCUAGGCCACAGAUCACAGAGAAGCCUGCAGAUGGAAGUAUGCACUUUACUAUCAUGAAGCAUCCUAAGGAGGCUCUGGAGAUAAUGAGCAUUCUCAGGCGGUCCAAAAAACUGUGUGAUGUGACCUUAGUUGCUGGUGAAGACAAGAUCUUGGCACACAAGAUAGUGCUGGCAGCAUCUAGUCCUUACUUCAAAGCUAUGUUUACAAGUGGCAUGAGGGAAGAGGAAAUGACCACUAUCCCACUGCAUGGUAUCUCUGCUUGCACACUGGCUCAACUAGUUGAAUUUGCCUACACAGCAGAAGUCAAUAUCAAUGAAGGAAAUGUUUGUUACCUCCUUCCAGCAGCUACCAUGUUUCAAAUGAAUCAUGUAGUGGAAGCAUGCACAGUUUUUCUGGAACACCAAUUGGAUCCAAGCAACUGUAUUGGUAUUGCAGAUUUCGCUAGUGAGCAUGGCUGUUUAGAUCUUGAAAAUAAAGCUAGGAAGUAUAUCCGGAAACAUUUUUGUGAUGUGAUUCAGUGCGAUGAAUUUCUGGUGCUUAGCCCUUGCCAGAUGAUUAGCUUAGUGAAACAAGAUGAACUGAAUGUCCAGUGUGAAUCUGAAGUCUUCAAGGCUGUGAUUCGCUGGGUAGAACAUGACCCUGAAAAAAGGGUAGAAAUUCUCGAAGGGCUUCUGUCUUCUGUUCGUCUCAACUGUCUUGCUCCAACAUUUUUAGAGCAGCAAAUGAAUAGCUGUCAUAUAUUACAGAAAAUGCCUCAAUGUUUACAGAUCAUAUCAGAAAAGUUAAAAAAUCUCAAACUUCAUAUGAAGUGCUCAGACCUGCCCAGAAGACCUUGUUCUCCCUUAGUAAUAUUCUGUGCUGGUGGCUACCUCAGACAGUCUCUGAGUAACUUUGAGUGUUACAACCCCAAGAACAAACAAUGGCUUAGACUUCCUGACCUGCCCACGCCACGAAGUGGGCUGGGUGCUUGCAUUGUGCGUGGGGCUCUAUUUGUGGUGGGUGGGAGAAAUAAUUCUCCUGAUGGCAAUAUGGAUUCCAACAAUCUGGAUAUGUAUGACCCUAUGAGAAAUGUUUGGAUCCCUAAACAUACCAUGAACUUUCCAAGGAAUCGUGUAGGUGUUGGUGUCAUUGACAGUAUGAUAUACGCUGUUGGUGGUUCUCACGGAAGUACACAUCAUGCCUCUGCAGAAAGAUAUGAUGCUGAGCAUGAUUGUUGGACUAACAUAGCCAGCAUGUCAACAAGGCGAAUAGGAGUUGGAUGUGCUGUGUUGAAUAGGCUGCUGUAUGCAGUGGGAGGUUUUGAUGGGGAGAAUCGCUUGUGUAGUGUGGAGUGUUAUGACCCAGAGCAUGACCAGUGGACUGAGAUCAAGUCUAUGAACACUAUGAGAAGUGGAGCAGGUGUUAUAGCUAUGGACAACUUCAUCUAUGCUGUUGGUGGCUAUGACAGUAGCUGUCAGCUCAAGUCUGUGGAAAGAUACAGUAUAGACAAGAAGCAGUGGGACUUUGUGGCCCCUAUGAACAGCCCUAGGAGUGCUCUCAGUGUAGCUGUCAUCAACAACCAGCUGUUUGCUCUUGGUGGCUAUGAUGGCAAUGAUUUCUUAUCAUCUGUUGAGGCCUACUGCAGUGAAGGAAAUAAAUGGUAUGAUGUGACCAAUAUGACAUGUGGCAGGAGUGGGCAUGGUGUGGCUGUUGGAGCAGAGCCUCCUAUAAAGUAAUCUCCCUUAAAGUAAAUAUCUUCACCAAGAUCUGUUUAUUUGUUGAAUGCAACUACAGAAAGUUAAUUCUUCCCCAAUAUGAAGCUAAUCAUCUUGAUGUUUAAUUUCUUGUUUAUUUGGUCCAUAUCUGACUUUUUGGUAACAGGAUAUAUAUCAAAUCCAUUAUUUUCUUUUUUGUGGUAAAACACUAAUAUUUUUUUUGUGUUCUUUUAUGGAUGGGGGGAUGCAAUGGUUUAAAUGUUUAGAAAACAUUUUGCUCUUGUGAUUUUGGAAGAUAUCAGUGACUAUUGGAUAAUUGGAUUUUGUUUUAUAUUGUUGUUGUUAUUUCCAAUAUGUAUUAAUAUUUUGACUCUUGCCCAUAUAUGUAUCAUACAGUUAUUUAUUUGUUACGAAUACACCAAAAAAUCAAAGCUUGUUACUUGUUAAAGUUCCAGUAGUGUAAAGACUGUAGUUUUUCUGUGUUGUGCUUUGAUUACAGUAUCAUUCCAGGUUGUUGGGUCUGUGUUCAUUUGAUUCACUUGUUUUCAUAGUAUCAAAUAUUUGUGCUACAAAAUUAAUAUAUGCUAUUCUUAAUGAGUAACAGUCUUAAUGCAAUAUACAUGUUUAGCAAAUGCCUUGUAAGGUAUUGAGAUGCACUGUAAUAGUCCAUUAACAAGGUCAUCAGAGGACUUAGUUCAUACCUUUACAGCAGUGUUUCCCAAACUGUGUUCCUUGGAACACUUGGGUUCAGCAAGGUCUGAAUAGGUGUUCCAAUAACUAUUGGAAUAAUGAACUUUCUUGUACUGUAUUAUGUUUGUACAUUUUUUUAAUUGUUCUAACAUUCUGUAAGUAGAUGGGAUAAGAAUCUAGAUGUUUCUUUUGUUUGUGUGACAGCCAUUGUAAACUUAUGGUGUAUGGAAUUUUGGUGUGGUUUUGUUGUCAUAAUUAAUCUUACUCACACAAAUGUAAAUAAUGCAUAUACUGUUUUUAAUUUGGAUUAUUAUUUAUUUUGCCCUUUUAAUGUAUGUGUUUUAUUUUGUGAGCAGUUCGAAUAAUUGUUAAAAGGGGGACUAUUAAGGAAAUUAUUGGUGAGCUCCCUUGUUAUGUUGUUUUCUCUAAGAGAGCAGUCUCAAUCGUUUUGGUCUCACUAUUGGUUAAUUUUAUUAAAGCUUUUUACUUAUAAAUCUCCAUCUAUAAAUACUAAUAGUAUAUACUCAUGAUGAAUUGUACUUCAUGCAACUAUUACUUAGCAUGCAUAUUUGCCUGUACAUAUCAAACUAAAACCAUUGAAUACCUCUAUACUUUUGGUAAACAAUGUUAGCAUGGUUUGAAUUGCUGUAGACAUUUGUAUUGUAUGACAUUCACAGGGACAUUUGGUUGUUUUAUACAUUAACAGUGUUGCUUUUAUUUAUAUUGAGUUGAAAUCCAUCAUAGCUAUAGAUUAGACCCAUCUGAAAUGAGAUGUUGGAUUUGUACUUAUGAAGAAUUGAUUUUUUAAACUUGUCAUAAUAACACCAAGUUAAAUGAUCCUUCUGUCCAUCUUUAACUUAUGGAAAGUCAGAAGCAGCACUUGUUUAAUGGUCUCUAUAAAUCUAUGAUGAAGACUAAUUUGAUUAAUCUGGUAGCAUGUGUUUCAUGCUAAGUUGAAGUUGGUGGCUAGAAUUCCCAAGUCCAAGUUGAGACCAGUGUUAUUGACUAUAUAUAUAUAUACACACCACUCAACUCAUGAAAUCUUGGGUUGUUUUUUCCCCUCCUUUUAUUGUACUAUUAAUAGAUGAAAAGAAAAUGUGAAUAAAAGUUAAUGGAAUAAUUUU